AUGUCGACAGACCUGACGAACCCUCGCAGCGUCGAGAUGCCAAGCGAUGCACCCGAUGGGGUACCCUCUGGCGCCAAGAGGGGCCUUAGCCAAGACAGCGAAGACACUCCUCGAUCUGACCCUGCGAAACGACUGAGAGCAUGGGGAAGUUCAAACGGCGACGGCCGAGAACGCCGGCACGCUGAUUAUACCGUGGGAUGGAUCUGCGCUCUUCACAUCGAGCUGGCUGCGAGCCGUGCUAUGUUGGACCGCGAACAUGGAGGCCUGCUCAAGGUAGCCAACGAUCCCAACGAAUACGUGCUAGGGAACAUUGGCGCGCACAAUGUCGUGAUGGCAUGUCUGCCGUCGGGCCAGUACGGAACGAACAAUGCAGCAAUCGUGGCGAGCAAUAUGCGUUCGAGCUUUCCGUCAAUCCGCGUGGGAUUCAUGGUUGGCAUCGGCGGCGGCGCUCCUAGCGACGGCUUCGACAUUCGACUAGGAGACGUUGUGGUUGGCACGACCGUGAUACAGUACGACUUGGGCAAGAUCCUGUCAGGAGAGCGAGUUCAGCGCACUGCGACUCCAAGAGUGGCCCCACAUGAUCUCUUGAUCGCCAUCAACAAGCUGCGUGCCUUGCACGAGUCGAUGCCUAGUGAGGUAACUACAAUCCUUCAACAUAUGCUCGAUCGCCACCCAAAGAUGGCUACAGAAUAUGCCUACCCAAUCCAAUGCGAAGACCGGUUGUUUUGCGCCACGUACGACCAUGCACAGCUAGCACACUGCAAUCAUUGCGACUCAUCAAAGGUACAGCCCCGGCCUUUACGAGAGAGCAACAAUCCACACAUCCACUAUGGUGGUGUUGCCUCCGGAAACCAGGUUGUGAAAGACGGCAAAACUCGAGACAGACUUGCCAAAGAGCUUGGAGUUAUCUGUUUCGAGAUGGAGGCAGCCGGGCUGGUGGACCAGUUUCCUUGCAUGAUUGUCAGAGGAAUCUGCGAUUAUGCAGAUUCACAUAAAAACAAGCAAUGGCAGAGGUACGCAGCGGCCACAGCAGCAGCUUACGCGAAGGAGCUCCUCUCCACCAUGGCACCGAGCAAGAUCGAGGCAAUGCCGACCGCCGACGCACCAGAAACGAUAACAGAUGAUAGUUAG